AUGUCACAACCACCCAAGUUUCAUACGCGAGCCGGAUCGAGGGCUUCGCUCGCUUCAGUCGGGCAGAUGCCCGUUAUCAACGAAGACAACAAUGCCAUCCCCAUGUCAACAUCACCGACAACACCGCCGCCAGCGAUGCUACGUGUACCGACCAAGAACCCUCGACGAAGCAUGGGACCUCCUGCUGAAGGAGCAACUAUACCGUUUGUGAUUGGGUUUCAGGGCAUGCCCCCAGGGGUUCUGACGCCAGUCGAGUGCAAGGAUGAAGGUGAUGAUGGGGAUGAAGACACUGUUGUUGGACAGAUGACGCCGACGCCGCCGGUGCGUCCAGGAAAUGGCCAGUGGGAUGCUGAGAAUUGGAAGCCGAAUAACACACAGAGGAGAUGCCACUUGGCCCUCAUCGUGGCUAUGAUCCUGGUGGUCCUCGUAGGGCUUGCUGUUGGGCUAUCCCUUGGUCUUACAAAGGCAUCGGUCAACUAUAGACGAGGCGGUAGUCAAAUUGCUUUCGCCUCAGACGUGCCAACCGGCGCAUUCACAAUCGACACGCUGCUUCAAGACUCAUCCACAGCAUGUACCUCCAAUCCAAGCACCUGGAGCUGCCUUUCCUCUCAGGGCGGCCACGUGGUGCGUUUUUACUGGAACAUUACGCAGUCUGGCUCGGGCUACCUGAUUUCUUCCUCCAACGACCCCAUCGUUUCGUCCUUUUCGAAUACCCCGUUACUUCUUCUCGACGGCGGCGGCGAAGACGAGAGAUUGUCGUUUUCUUUCUUGCUAGACGUUGCUUUUGAGCCGCCCCUUACGGCGACUAAUCGUGCUGCAAAGUGCACUUACACUGACACCACCUUUGAGGCGACGCUCUGGACGAAGCGCGGAACACAGCAGCCUUAUGGCUCGGUCCAGAAGCGAACGGGGUAUGGGAACUGGACGGGGCUGGUGGAGAUUGCACAGAAGAAGAAUGCUACGCUGGGAGUGCCGCAGUGUGUGGAUUCGCAGGGAACUGUGAUUGCGGAUGUACAGGCUGAGAUGGGGACUUGUGAGUGUGCGUACAGGACAAAGGGGUGGCAAUAA